UCUGUCAGUAUCUGCGCUUCAGUUCAGCUCAGUGGAGGAGCAGCAGCAGCUGAACUGGUCUAAAAGAGAGAAGUUUAUCCUCCGGUUCCUGCUGGAGAAACUGGUUUCUGGGCGGAGCGUGAGGGUGAUAUUCCCAGUCAUGAGGAGUGAAUGAGGGAACAGAGCGUUUAUAUCUGCGAGAGGAAGCAGCGCGAGAGCAUCAAUAUACAACUCAUCUCUCUGCACUGCUGAUAGAAAAAGUUUCGCUGUCAUCCAGACAAGCUGCGUCCAACAACACCUGGACACCCCAGUCCCAUCUGGAUCCAAUUAGCCGGUGUCAAGCCAGGCGUUGUGGGCCGAGUCCCCGGCCGCUGUGAUUGCUGUUUUUAUCCGUCCUGGCAGCUUGUUAUGUCAUGUCGGCUUUCCUCGUGCCACAGUCGCCGCUGACCGGAUCGGAUGUGACAGGGCUGAAAUAAGCAGAGCUGUCGUUUUCCCUCCUCAAGGACGAGCGCAGAGCCCAGACUGCUCUACUUGUGUCAGUGUGUGUGCAGAAUCCUUCUGGCCCACCUCCUCUCAUCCAGCGGUCUGGGACUCCAAUCUGGCUGACUUCUCCUUCCACCCGACCAUCCAGACAGUGUGUAAGUUCUGCCGCCGCGGCCUGUGGAGGAUGAGCGAUGUCUCCACGCUGGAUUACGAGCUGCUCUCUCCGGGGCCCCUGCUGGCCGGGCCCCCCAGCAGCCCCCCGCUGGCCGGGGACGCGGAGCAGCGGACGGCCUUCGCCUUCGUGGGGCUGUUGAUGCUGUUCCUGCUGUUCCUGCUGGUGCGCUGCUUUCGAAUCCUCCUGGAUCCCUACAGCCGCAUGCCCGCCUCCUCCUGGACCGACCACAAAGAGGGCCUAGAGAGGGGCCAGUUUGACUACGCGCUGGUGUGAAGCAUCGCACGGCGAUGGUGGAAGGCCCCGGAGCCUCCACACACCCUGCCUCUGCCUUAGCUCUCUCUGUGGCCGGCCCUGGCUGGAGUUUCCCUCCGCCUCGCCUCCUUCGUUUGGUCACUUAUACUGUAGUUACUCCUCAGGGCUACAGGGUUCCCCUUACAGCAGGGCUGCCCAAACCAUCAACCACAAACACAACACAUACUUUUGGCCAAACAGAGAAACAAGAGAAGGUAAACUAGAGAAGACUUUUUGGGUACAGUUUAAAGGUCCACUAGAAAAGCUUAAGGCAGUGUCUCUAAAUAUUGUUAGUUUAUUAAUAUAAAAACCUAAAAUUAACAGAUUUUGCUGGUAGAUUGGACUAGAAGCUGUUUUUUAAUGGUUAAGAUUGUUGAAAAACUGGUCAUCCAAGUGAGAACAUACUCUGUGCUGGACAGAUAGCUGGAUUAACUGGUUAACCAACAUAGCUUUUGACCAGCAUAGUGUAUGUUUUUACUUCAAUUUCCUUACUAGUUGACUAUUUUUUUGACUUCUUUAGUCACAAAAUUGUUAUAAUAGGUGUUUGCUUAGCUCAAGCUGGUUAAACUAGUUUACCAGCACAGGGUAUGGUUUUCUUUUUUGUUUGAGUGUGAUGGUUUAGCUGGUUUAGUUAAAAAAAUUCUGCUCAAAACCAGAUGUUGAUGUUGGCUGGUUUUAGGUGGUCAAGCUAGUCUUUGUAGGUUAAGGUGGUUUAAAACAUUUCAUCAUAUAUUCUUACCAGUUUAGGGUAGGUUUUUCAACCACCUUGACAAUAAAAGAAUAGCUUUAGACCAUGUAAAAGGUAAAAGCUACCACCCAGCUAACAGAGAACGUUUAGCAACAUUAAAAAAAAAAAAAAGCUUCCAGGAAGGUUAGUAGUAACGUUACAGAAAUAAUGCUCCAGUAACGUAAUAUAUUGGUUUGCAUCACAAGUUAUUAGAAUGUUUCUCACAUAACAAUCCCAGUUAGACAAAUACUAACAAUAUUGAAAUAUUAAAAAAGGAAUAGUGGUCGAAUGGUAUAGGCAUGAUGGUCAUCAAUCCUGAUCAUACUGGGUAAGGAGAGCAGGAGGGCACAGGUGACUAGAUUGAUCAGGGUGCUCAUGCUGGUAGACCAGCUAAACCAUCCAAAAACACUCAAAACCCUGAGCUAGUCAACCAGUUUAACCAGCUUAAGCCAUCAAACGCUGGUAGAUAAGCUCUAUAGGAUCAUUAAAGUAAGUAAGUGUGAGUGGAAUUUUUAACAGAUUGGAACAGAUGGAAUAUCUUUGGUCUUUUAUGUCAUCAUUUAAACCAAAUUUCCGCUAAUUUUCCACCAAUACAUUUGGGCAUCCCUGUUUUGAGUGUAAAAACUACCUUUAACUGCUCAAAGAUGCUGUAAAUUACUCUAUAUGACACUAAAUGUCACACAUUCACGCUCAGAGUGAUCACAGUGAUGUUCUACUGUCCUGAGACACGUCCUCUUAAAGGUCAAUUAGAAGUGCCCUCUUCGUUUAGGUCCUUUUUUAUUUUAACAUAAUUCUGCACUGCUAGCUGCUUCGCUACCCAUUGCUAGCAUUGACCACCCUCAAUUAGCUCUGUAUCUUCUUUAUUUUCCUUUUUGCCCAGUGAGGGUAUGCCUGUGCUAGUUUCUCAGUGUUUUACAUGAGCAGAAUCCCCUUUAAGAUGUCACAAGCAUCUUCCUUCUUCCCUCAUGCUAUUUUUUUUCGUUUUAGCAGGCUUCUGCCUCGUCCCGUAUGUGGUGUACCUGUAUAAUUAACAAGCCAUAUGUAUCUAUUUAUGUCUUGGACGUUGUUGCCGUGUCGUCUGGUCGUUAGCUGUAGCUUUUCUGCCAAGCCGUGUCGUGAAUUCUUCCUGUGUGAGUUUUAGAACCACUGAAAGUGCUUUAUUUUUGUAUUCCGACUCAGAUUUGGAGUCUCCUUUUGCUAAUAUUCUACAAUACUCUACUACUGUAAGACUGUAAGUGUCCGAUUCUCAGCUCAUAGUCUUCUCACAGGGCCCGGUUUGUGAAGAACAACAAAUGAAAUCUGCCCUAGAGGGAGGUCUUGGGGGGCUAAUGUUGCUUUGUGUGUGUUUUUGAGAUUUGUACUGUAAGUAGAUUGGAUAUUUUCCUAACUUUUUUUGUUUUGUUUUUGCUAAGCUGAGGUAAAUUCUGUGAAAUAAAACAGGGGUUUAUGCA